CUCUCAUCCAUGGCAAAAUCCUCCACAAUCAAAGUUCUUGAGCAGUGCAAUGUCUCUCCCCCACUCAAUUCAGCUCCACCAAUCUCACUCCCUCUAACAUUCUUAGACAUACCAUGGCUAUUUUUCUCUCCAAGCCAACCAUUGUUUUUCUAUGAUUAUCCCUACACCACUUCUCAUUUCACAUCCACAACCCUCCCAAACCUCAAGAACUCCCUUUCCCUCACUCUUCAACACUUCUAUCCCUUAGCUGGGAACCUCACAAUGUCACCCUUUGAACCAUGCAAGCCAGAGAUUAUAUAUAGCCAAGGUGACUCGGUUUCAUUAACUAUUGCUGAGUCAAAUGGGCAAUUUAACCAUCUCUGUAGCAAUUAUCCAAGAGACGUGAAUGAGUUUCACUCACUUGUGCCCCAACUAGAUGAUAAGCAAGUGCUUAUUCCUUUGCUAGCUAUUCAAGCUACAGUUUUUCCAAAGGCUGGCAUUUGUAUAGGACUUGCUUACCAACAUGUUGUAGCUGAUGGAAGGACUUUCAACAACUUCAUGAAGACUUGGGCCUCAUUUUGUAGCUUUGGUGACUCUUUCUCUAUGAAAUCAUUACCUAGUUAUGAUAGGAAGGUCAUUGUGGAUGCACUUGGGCUAGAGGAUAUUUUCUUGAAGGAGUGGCGGAGAAGAAAAUCUUUAAAAGAGAUUGCUAUAGGAAGUGAAGAUAAUGUAGAUUUGUCCAACAUGGUGAGAGCAACAUUUGUGGUGGGCUUGAGUGACAUGAAUAGGAUCAAAUCAUGGAUUAUUGCUAAAUGCAAUGAGGAAAAUAAGUCACACCCGGUUCAUUUAUCAGCCUAUGUCCUAACAUGUGCAUUUAUAUGGAUUUGUUUGGUUAAGGCCCAAGACGGUGUCAAUGAGAAAUGUUGUGGGGAGGAUCCAAAUUACUUCGGGUUCAUUGCGGGAGGUAUUACCCGUUUGGACUUUCCGGUGCCCGCUUCAUAUUUUGGUAAUUGUGUUGGUUUUGGUCGAUCGAUGGCAAUUAGGAAGGAGCUAAUGGGAGAAGAUGGGGUUGUUGUCGCGGCAAGAGCUAUUGGAAGCACUGUAAAGACUUUGGAUAAGGCAAUUUUUGGAGAUGCAAAGAAGUGGAUUUCGGAUUGGAAGGUGUUAUUCGGGUUGGAUCUCAAUGUUAUGGUUGCCGGGUCACCAAAAUUGGAUCUUUAUGAAACGGAUUUUGGGUGGGGAAGAGCCAAGAAGAUAGAGGAGAUUUCAAUUGAUUGCAUGAGAGCUAUUUCACUCACUGAGAGUAGGGAUGUGGAGGGUGGCAUUGAGGUAGGCCUAGCUCUACACAAAACUAAAAUGGAUGCUUUCACCACUUUCUUCACCCAAGGUCUCAGGGCUUUUCCAUGAUUUAUCUAUUUUUAAGCAACCCAUGAUUUAUUCUAGUUAAAGAAUUCACUUGUUGGAUUCAUAAUUAAUGUUUAAG